AUCGAAAUUUGAUAAACUUUAAGAAAAAAAUGAGAAAGGGCUGAUCGAGUGCGCGCAUACAAGCAUAAAUCUGACUGGACGUUGUACUGCUACCAAGAAGAAUGCGAGUAAGCCUACCAAGUGGCUGGCAAGUGGCUUGCGAGACACCAACACCAUCGUCGUCAUCGCCGUCAUGAUCGUCGUCGUCAUCGUCGUCGUCGUCGUCGUCCUCGUCGUCAUUAUCAUCAUCACCAUCAUCAUCAUCAUCAUCAUCAUCAUCGGAGCACACGAGCCGCGGCAGCGGCACCAGUGAGAAUCGUAGUCAGUUGCUUCCGAGCGUUUGGGUCGACUGGACACAGACGCGCACGAGUACCGGACAACCAACCAACCGAUUGACCGAUCUCGGGUCUCGUGGCGCGUUAACAAAUCGAAUCUAUAUUAUUCACGGUAUACGAACGACGACGUCGCCAUUAUUUCAUACUCCGAUAAUCCGUCUAAUGACAUAGCCUGCUGCCAUGUGCGAUCAUUUCGCUACGUUACCCCCGGGCUCCGUCGAACUCGAUCGUAUCGUACUUCGGUAGAACUAGCCGUAGAUACAUCUAUAUAUAUAUACAUGUAAAAUAAUAUCAACGUAGAGAAAAAUACGAGUCGAAGAUAAAUCGGACGCAGAGCUAACAAGAAGAGUAGAGUAAAAAGCGAAAGAGAUAAAUAAAUAAAGGGGGAAAAAAAAAUAAGGAAAUCGUAAUCCGCGGUGCAGUGUGAAAUUCACGAGACAGAGAAGGGAAGAGAAACCGAAUAGAAUUGGUGGUAUACACCAGCGAUAGUAAAACAGAGUGCCAGUGGUGUGCAGGUGAACGGACAACGUGGUGUCAAGUGUCGUUAGAUUUAUGCGGAUGACAAUAAACAGCGAAUAACAAUUGCAACAACGACGACGAUAACUAGAAUUUUUUACAUCCAGACGUCGCGUGGACAACCGAGCGAACGGAAGGGGAGGAGGAGGGUGUAGGUCGAGGAGGGGAGCGAAACAAGAGGAAGUUCACGAUGCUCCCUCGAAAACGUCCUUCCACGUUCACCCUGAUAUUGUUAUUCUUCGCUCUGAUCGUAGUUAACACUUCGAUAGCCGUUACCACCGCAAAGGAGGACUGCAAGCGAAGAUUGGCCGAAUGUACGAUGAGCGGUAGAGCCGGUGUGGCUGUCUGCGGCAGCGACGACGUCACCUAUCCGGAUCAGUGCAAAUUCAUAUCGAAACAAUGCGAGGGUGCUCCUCUCCUGAUAAAACACACCGGACCCUGCAGUCCAGAAACUCAGCCGUGCUUCACCGCCCGAUUGUCCGCGCGACCCGGGGCGCGACCCAUGUGCCGAUCGGACGGCACUUACGCCCAGGUACAGUGUCACGUGGAAACCGGCUAUUGCUGGUGCGUCACGGGCCAAGGUCGUCCAAUUCCGGACACGUCCGUGCGCCACCAGAGACCCCGAUGUCCGAGGAUCGUCCCCGGGGUCGGAGGAUCGGCGUCGACGCGUUCCGCCCAACGGAGGAGAUCGCCCGCCGCCUCCAAGAAUCACAAGCAGUUCAACAACCGUCACAGAAACACCUGCGACAGGGCGGAGAAGACCAAGUUCAACAACAAUCUGAUAGACAACUUCAAAAUCGAAUACAGGAGGACCAAUAUUUCCGCCGAUGGCGACAAGAACGUGGAGCGCGUUUUAUCCUGGAAAUUUAUGACCCUCGACAAGGACACCGACGGGUUUUUGGACCGGGACGAAUAUCGCGAGUUGAGGAGACUCGCGAGGAAGGCCGUGAGGCCGAAAAAAUGCGCCAGGACUUUCGCAAGGACGUGCGAUUUGAACAGGGACUUGAAAUUGUCGAGACAAGAGUGGGGCGCCUGUCUAGCCCUAGAUUUCACACUACGUUUGUUCUUGUCGCUGAACCCAGGCGCAGAUGAGCGCGCUGAGGUCCCUGAGGCGCAGAGGACCCGCGCCACUGACCAAGUUCUGAUAGGAAAUCAAGGAACCCACCGACCUACUUUUAUAGAAGAAACGGCAGAUCCUAAGGAGGAAACGGAAGCGAAUGAUUGUAUAUCAGAUAGAAAAUCGGUACUCGAAGAUCAGAAGCAAAAUGCGGAAUCGAAAUUUUACGUUCCCCAAUGCACUCCGGACGGAAGAUACAGCAAGGUACAAUGUUAUUCCGGUUAUUGUUGGUGCGUUUAUCAGGAUUCGGGAAAACCAAUUCCUGGCACUUCCGUCAAAGAUGGAAGUCCAAAUUGCAAUCCCGUACCGGAACCGAACAGACCGAUGAAGGGUUGCCCAGAUCUCAAGAAACAGGCGUUCCUCAAAGACCUGAUGGAUCUCAUGCAGAAAAAAAUGAAAGCCUCAAGUACAGAGUCUGACGAGACGACUCUCAAGUGGCAGACAUCAAAUGAAGAAAGAAUAGCAACUUGGCACUUCGUUAUGCUCGAUAGAAACAAGAAUAAGGUGUUGGAAAGAAAGGAAUGGAAAAGUUUUCGCACAAUGGUUGCGAAUAACAGACAAUUGCGUAGAUGUGGUAAAAAAUUACCGAGGUAUUGCGACGUGAACAACGACAGAAAAAUCAGCAUGACCGAAUGGUUGAACUGCCUGAACGCUCAGCGAAUUAUGCCAGCCGACAGUCCGACGAAGACGCCAGCCGAGAAGAUCAAGAGAAAAGGACCGAAUCCUAUCGAUCAGAUUUUAAUUGCUGACUAAAAAUGGAAGAAGAAGAAGAUGA